AUGGCCAUGCCCUUGCUUGCCUCCCUCGGCCACACCAUCACGGAGAAACUCACCCGCAACAACUUCCUGGUAUGGAAGGUCCAAGUUCUCCCGCACGUUAGGGCCGCGGCGAUGAUGGGCUACCUUGAUGGCUCGCUCAACGAACCCGCUGCUGUCAUCGUCACCGAGAAGGACACCAACGGGAAGAAGGAGAUCACCGAGACGCCCAAUCCAGAGCAUGCGAUCUGGGUCACCCAAGAUCAACAGGCCCGGAUCGCCGCCCAGCACGCCGCCUACACCGCUCACCACUCCGCCAACCUUGCUACGAAAGGUGGUCGUGGCGGCUACGGCGACGGACGCGGCGGUCAGGGUGGUGGACGCGGUGGCUACAGCGGCGGCAACUACUCCAAAAACUCGGGCAAUGGCGUCGGUGGUGGUGCGCCGCGCCAACAGAGUGGUGACCGCGGUGACCGCGAGCGCUGCCAAAUCUGCAAGGAGGAAGGCCACGGUGCUUGGCGCUGCAGGAAACGGUUCGAUAAAAGCUACAACAACAACGUGCGCAACCCCGCAGGCGGUGGCGGCGGACGCGCCGGUGGUGGGCGCGGUGGCGGCGGCGGUAGUGGUGGCAACUCUCGCUCCGCCAACUCUGCUCACUCCUACAGCGUGGAUACAAACUGGUAUCUCGACACCGGCGCCACUGAUCACGUUACCGGCGAGUUGGAGAAGCUAGCUGUUCGUGAUCGCUACACCGGCACCGACCAAAUCCACACGGCUAGUGGUCAAGGGCAGCCAAAUACCGAAGAUUUUGGUGAAAAUUCUUAUGAUUUUAUGCAGCAAACAGGGAGUUCCGUUGUGGCAACAGAGGAUCCGCAGGUGGCUUCGGGGUCAGCAGCUGCAGUGGCCCCAGGCGAAUCCACCGCGGGAUCUGCGUCAUCAGGGAUGGCAGGCGCAUCUUCGCCGGGAUCCGCAUCGGCAGGCGGGUGGCCUGGCGGGCGCACCAAUGCGCUGUCUCCUGGCGGGCCGGCCGGGCGCACUCCUGCGCUGUCCCCCGCGGGGGAUGGUGCGCGGUCCCCUGGCGGGCCGGCUGGGCGCGGCCCACAUGGCAUCAGCGGGGUGGAGCGUGCGGACUCCGGGGUGGUGCAGAUCUCCUCUCAGCCUGCGGCCGCUCCAGAACUGCCAAGUGGCAAUUUGUCACCAGUUGCCGCACCGGAUCCGCCUGGCACGCUGCAGAGGACGGAGUCGGGAUUUUCUGCGGAUCCCUCCGCUGCAUCUGAUUCCGCCGUUUCACUACACAAAAUCGCCUCGAACUACAGCAAGCUCGACCAGCUCCGCCCCUCCUGCCCGCUCACACACCCGGUCACAAAGUGGUAUUGCUAA